AUGGCUUAAUCCCAGUACUAAAAUGAUGUUCGUAAGUUGGAUUUGGCAUAAUGUAUUAACUUUUAUAUGAUAUUUAGUUAAUUAACAAUAGACUGAUUUAGUAUUUUUCUAAUCCUAAACAUCAAUCGGAAGUGAAGUAAUAAUUGAAAUAAGUCAAAAAGAUUAACGAAAUAAAAAAUUUAAAACUUAACUUGAUAAGUUUAUAGAAACUUAUUAUACUCAAGGAAACAUGAAAAUUAUUGUAAAAUGUCCUGCUACACUUGGAGAAAGAUAAUAAAAACAAGAUAAAGAAAAUUUUAAUUUAUUGAAAUAUUCCGUUAAUUAAAUAUCAAUUAGUGAAGAUGAAAAACUUUUUCAAUAGAGAAUAUAUUUAUUUAAAGGAUAACCUGAAAAUAAUAUCUAGCCUUUAAUAGAAAUGAUUAUCUAUACCUAUAAUUAUAUUCCAUAUUUUAGAAAAGAAAUUAAAGAGAUUGGUGGUGAAAUUCAAAUGAAUUAUUAAGGUUAUUAUUUACAAAUACCUCCAGGAGGUUAUAACAGAACUGAUGAUAAUGAAUUACAUUAAUUUUUCUCGAAUACUGUUUGUUAUUAUUUGGAUAACUAAAUAAUACUAUAAAUAGAAUGCUUUUCAAAUGCAGAAGCAAAUUCAAAAUAUAAUCUUUUGAAAAAGGAAUAUAUUAAAACGAUGCUAGGGACAAAAUUAAACUGUUAGAUACAGUCUAUUGUAAUUUUAAAAUUUGAAGAAUUAAAGCAUAUAUUUUAAAAUUAAGUUGAAUAAUUAAAUAUGUUAUUAAAAAAUAGUCAAGUUUAUUUAUUGAUUCAAAGAACACAAAAUAGUAUUGAAGAAUUAUAAAUUAAAUUGAAUGAUUUAUUAAAAACAAAAGAGUAUUUUAGAAAGGAGACUUAAAUUGAAAAAAUUCCUUUUUAUGAUUUACCUUCAGAUAUAAAUGAAAUUCAAACAGAAAUUGAUAAGUUAAAAAAUUAAUAUCAAAAUAUUGAUAUUGAAAUAUCAUAAGGCUAAAUGGAAGAUUCAAAACCAGCUUUUUAAAUUACUUUUACAACUUGGUUAUAAAAAGAUGAGAGAAAUCAGGAAUUUUAAAAAUAUGUAAAAGAAAUUAAAACUUAAAUUGAAAAAAUCUGUUUGCCCUUUAAAACUAUUACAAUCAAUUCAAAACAAAAGGAUGUUUGGGAAAACUAUCUACAAGAAAUCUUUGAGAAAUACAGUUCUUGUUUUACAGCAUUCAACAAAGGUGAUGCUAUAGAAAUUCUUAUUAAGACAAAUUAGGAGAAGUGGAGAGAAUUUGAAAAAUAAAUUCAAGAUAAAUUGAAUAGAUUUAUUUGCUAAAUUAUUAAAAUCCCAUGCAGAUUUGUUUUAAAUUAGAAUUUUAAAGACUUUUAGUAGAAAAAAAAAUUAUUUAAAUAAAUUUUCAGAAAAAUUUUUAGUGAAUUCGAAGAUAACAUAUCUGUUACCUUAUGGGAUUAAUUUGAAUAGAACUUUCAUUUUUAGGUAGUUUAUGAUAAAAAAAAAAUUAGAGAACAAGAAAUUAAGAAUAUUUUAGUGAAUUAAUUUAUUAAUAAUUUAAAGGAUAUUCAGAGAAAAUUUCCUUACUAUGAAUGUCUCUACUAUUUUGAAAUUUAAAUUCCAGAAUUAAUAAACAAAAAUAAUAUAUAUGUACAUUAAACUAUUAUUGAAAAUGAACCAAACACAAUAUUUUUAGGGUUAAAAGAAGAUUUAUAAUAAUUAGAUUAACAUUUAAAAGAUAUUGGUUAGAGAUUUUAAAAGAAUUGGGUUGAAUAAGUAAUCGAUGUUGAUAAUAAAUUAUUAUUUUAAUGCUUGGAAUCAAAAUAUUAAAUGAAAGAGUUAAUAUUGAAGUAAGGAACAACAAUUGAAUUUUUAAAAAAUACAACCCAUCCUUAUAAGAUUCUUAUAAAAGGAUUUUAAAAUUAAGUAAUAGAUCUAUUAAAACAAUUAUAAUCAUUAGAAAUAAAAAUAAUGUAGUCUGUUUAAAUAAAAAGUACAAAUUUCAAUCAUCAUUAAAUUAAACAAUUAUCUGAAAUGUCAUAAAAAUUGUCAGAUAUCGAAAAAAUUACUAGUACAUAUUUUGAAAUAAAAAAGACAACUAGUUUUAAACCUUAAAAAGCAAUUUUAUCAAAGCUUACUUUUGAAGGAAAAGAAUUAUGCAUCGUAAAGGGUGACAUAACACAAAUUGAAUGUUAAGCUAUUGUAAAUUAAAUUUUGAAUGAUAAAUGUGAAUUAGGUGAUGUAGAAAUGCAAAAUUAAUAAGUUAAAAAUUUAUUAAAAAUUACAAAUAAUGAGAUGCAAGAAUUCUUUAAAAAAAUAAUAUAAGAGAAAAAUACUUUAUAACCUGGAGAUUUGUUUUAUUAAAAAGUAACAUAAAAAUGUCAUAUAGAUCAUAUUUUUAAUAUAUACCCUCCUACUUAUAGGCAAUCUAAGUAUUUAUCUAGAGAGUUAAAUAUUAUAAGAUAAUUAAUUAAAACUAUUUUUUAACUGGCAAGAGAAAAAUAAAUUAAAUAAAUAGCUUUUCCAGUUAUUAGCACUGAGAUUUUUGGAUUUUAUUUUACAAUGGCUAGUUAAACUUUAUUGAUGGAGAUUAUUAAUAAUUUGUUUUAGGAAAGUUGUUAGAUCGAAUAGAUUUACAUACUUGAAGAUAAUGAUUUAAGAUGCAGAAAAAUAAUAGGAGAAUUAUAAAGGCUUUUAUCCAAAGAUAUAUAUUAAAAACCUAUUACUUAAUAAUGGUAAUGGUUUGAAUAAGAUCAUUAUGAAGAUUAUGAUGAAUAUGAAAUUAAUAAGAAAAUUUGUUAGAUGUAUAAAAAGUUUUAAAGUACUGGAAUAAAUUAAAAUUUUAAAAUUAAGUAUCCAUAUAGUAAAUAUCCUGGAACACAUUUAAUAGAUUUAGAUUAGUAAAAAAUAUGGGAUAAAACUCAUAACAAUUCUGAAUAAUCCAUAAUAUCUAUAGACAAUUGUGGACAGAGAAGGUACUAUAUAGAUGGAAAAGAGGUAAAUGAAGAUUUAAAUAGAUAUCUAAUAUAGUAGGAAAUCUAAAAAAAAAGAAAAUUCGAAAUUUUUUAUAAAUUUUAUGAAAUCUUUCUAACAUCUAAUGGUCACUAUUAAAAAAACUUAUAACAUGGAAAUACUAGGAAUAUAUAGUUUAUUCCAUAUGAUGAACCAAAUUUAGAAAAUGUGUUGAUUAUAUAGAAUUCUCAAUUUAAAUUUGAGCAUUUAAUAGAGCCUAUUGAGGAUAAAUCAUAAAAUUUAUGCUAUAUAAUUGAUCCAAAAAAAUCAGCGAUUUAUGAUUAAAUAAAGAUUUAUACUUUAAAUGAGGAUGAGAAUGCUGCUGAAUAAUAAUUAUUUGAUGAAUUGUCAAGUUUAACUGAAAAAAAACGGAAGUUGGGAAAACUCAAUUAUCAAAGUUCUUAAUAAAGCACAGAAGGUUCAGAAAAAUUAAGUUAAGUUAGUUCUCCUCGUAGAUUAAUACAAUUAACUAAAAAAGUACCACUUUAACAAAAAAAUUGA